AGUCGCCAUGUUUCUCCUUAUCUUUCCUGAAUCUCACUGAGUGGCGGAGGGCAGAUGAGAGAGAUUCACCCCGUCACCCCGCAUCCACACCAUCCUCCUCCUCCUCCUCCUCAUCUUCACCCCAUCAUCAUCAUCCUCUGGCGGACUUCAUCCCGUGGGCAGGACUUACUUUUGAGGAAUUAUUAAUGGGAAAAGGACUAUGGAAAACUAAGCGACACUCAAUCGGUGCCUUUGGGGAACUUCGCGAAACUCACUUUUUGCGGACAUAAACACAUUUUAUCCAUCUUUUCCACACACGUAAUGCCUAAAUGUCACAUUUGGGGGGCGUGUCAUGUUGUUUUUGUUUGUUUUGAGGAAAAUUCUCUUUCAGGAUGAGAUCAAAAUCUGUUAGCUUGCUAGCCGAACGUCUUUAUUAGCCUGAUCGUUAGCAUCAGUUAUAUAUUAACCCGUUAAAGUUGAACAAACUGGGAAUGUUUUUAAGUCUAUAUACACUUGACGUGGUUUGACACUAGUACUUGUUAAUAUUAAUACACGAUUUUUUUUAUUUAUAUGAGAGAAAACAGUUAAGAUGCAUUGUGUCGCGAGAAUGUUGUUAGCUCGUUAGCUUGAGUAGCUACAGAGAAGGCACUUAAAUGUAUGUAAAUUAAUAUUUACAAAACGCAAGAGAUAAAUUACAGUUUUACACAAAAGUGCGAGGUCUUUUUUGGAUACAUGGCUUAAAUCGUCCCCCUCAUUUGGUGGUUUGUUGGUCAGUGAGUACAUAGUACAUUAAAAAGAUGUAGUGAGAAGUUUUAUUAAGGUAUGAAAUAAAAAUUAGUUUUGAGUUUACUGCAGUUUUGUGACUGCAUUUUUCUGUGAUGAUGGGUGGUUUAUAUUGAUAGCUAUUUACAGAUCCCCUCCAAAGAGUAAUCGCGCAUUUGUAUCUAUUUUAAUAACAUUACACUACAUAUUUUGGACUGACGUUCGAUUUGAACCAUGUCUGGAGAAGUGCGUUUGAAAAAGCUGGAAAAACUGAUUCUGGAUGGUCCUGUCCAGUCCAAUGGACAGUGUUGUAGUGUGGAAACUCUUCUGGAUGUUCUCAUCUGCCUUUAUGAUGAGUGCAUCAACUCCCCACUCAGAAGAGAGAAGAACAUUGCUGAGUUUUUGGAAUGGACCAAAUCGUUCACCUCUAAAGUGAAACAGAUGCGAUUGCACAAGGAGGACUUCGAGAUCCUGAAGGUCAUUGGGCGAGGAGCUUUCGGCGAGGUAGCAGUUGUAAAGGUGAAAAGUUCAGACAAGGUGUUUGCCAUGAAGAUCCUCAACAAGUGGGAGAUGCUGAAAAGAGCAGAGACAGCAUGUUUCCGGGAGGAGCGUGACGUGCUGGUAAAUGGAGACUGUCAGUGGAUCACCAGACUGCACUACGCCUUUCAGGAUGACAACUUCCUGUACCUGGUGAUGGACUACUAUGUGGGUGGUGACCUCUUGACUCUUCUCAGCAAGUUUGAGGACCGUUUACCAGAAGACAUGGCUCGAUUCUACCUGGCUGAGAUGGUUCUAGCAAUCGAUUCUGUGCAUAAGCUCCACUAUGUCCACAGAGACAUCAAGCCAGAUAACAUUCUGCUGGAUGUGAACGGACACAUUCGACUGGCAGAUUUUGGCUCCUGUCUUAAACUCACGGAGGAUGGAACGGUGCAGUCCUCCGUCGCUGUGGGCACCCCAGACUACAUCUCUCCUGAGAUCCUGCAGGCCAUGGAGGACGGGAAAGGGAAAUAUGGCCCGGAAUGUGACUGGUGGUCACUGGGCGUCUGCAUGUAUGAGAUGCUGUAUGGGGAAACUCCUUUCUAUGCCGAGUCCCUGGUGGAAACGUAUGGCAAGAUUAUGAACCACAAGGAGCGGUUCCAGUUUCCUGCUCAUGUGACAGACGUUUCUGAAAAUGCCAAAGACCUGAUCCGUAGACUCAUCUGCUGCAGAGAGCACAGGCUGGGUCAGAACGGCAUUGAGGACUUCAAACAGCACCCUUUCUUUUCCGGCAUUGACUGGCAGAACAUCCUCAAAUGCGACGCCCCCUACAUCCCUGAAGUCAGCAGCCCAUCUGACACAUCAAAUUUUGAUGUGGAUGACGACUGCCUCAAGAACACGGAGACAAUGCCGCCUCCUUCCCACACCGCCUUCUCAGGACACCAUCUCCCAUUUGUAGGUUUCACCUACACCAGCAGCUGUACGCUGUCUGACCGUGGUUGCUUGCGGGAGUCUGCGGCACCUGCGCAAAUGGAUGUGUCCGUGCAGCGUGGCCUGGAAGACAGUCUGGCUACUGAGGCGUACGAGCGGAGGAUCCACCGUCUGGAGCAGGAGAAGCUGGAGCUCAGUCGCAAACUACAAGAGUCCACAAAAACGGUUCAGGCGCUGCAAUACUCCAGCGGGGACGGGCCUGUUUCCUCCAGCAGAGAGUUUGAGAUCCGUGGACUGAAGGAGGAGAUAGAAAUGCUGAAGAAACAGAUCGCUGAUACAGGACAGGUGGAGCAGCAGUUAGAACAGGCCAGUUCUGCCCGCAGGGAUCUGGACGACUCCUCCAAACAGAUCCGGUGUCUGGAGAAACAGCUCAAGAGCAUGAAGCAGGAGAGAGAUGACCUGCAGAAGAGUCUGCAGGAGUCCUCAGAGAAGCUGAAGACUCAGGGGAAGGAGCUGAAGGAGGCGGACAGCCAGAGGAAAAUGGCCAUGCAGGAGUUUGCCGAGGUGAGCGAGAAGGUGACAGAGCUGCGGUCAUACAAGCAACGGCUCUCCCGACAGCUCCGGGACAAAGAAGAGGAGAUGGAUUCUCUCAAUCAGAAGGUGGAGGCGCUGCGGAUAGAAGUGCGCAAAUCUGAGCGGGCCAAGAAAGAGAUGGAGGCCCAGGCUGAAGAGUUUUCUGCUGAGACUCAGAAAGAGAAGAAGCUGAGGGAACGCAGUGAGCAGUACAGCAGACAGCUGGAAGAGGAGCUGGAGGGAAUGAAGAAGAAGCAGGUGGGCCGCUCUCCAAGCGUUGGGUCAUCUGAGCAGCACAAGGAGCUCAGUAAAUUACGAGCAGACCUGGAGAACAAGAUCGCUUCCUAUGAGGAAGAGCUGUCAUGCAGAGAACAACAACAUGCCAACGAACUGAAGAACCUGAAGAAGGAGCUGCGGGAGUCAGAGGGACAGCAGCUCACCUUAAAGAAAGAAAUCAUGAUGCUCAAAGACAAGCUGGAGAAGACCCGCCGAGAGAGAUGGUCCACCGUGCCAAUGUUUUACUGGGAAGUCAGGAGGCUGAAACAGGAAACUGAGAGUCUGCGCACAUCCAAAGGGGUCAAGCACCAAGACUCCCAGAAUUCCUUCUUGGCAUUCCUCAAUGCUCCGACCUCGGCCCUGGAUCAGUUUGAUCGCUCCACUGCCUGUGGGCCGGCCGGCAAAGGCAGACGUAUCGACUCCAUCGAUAACUUCAGCCUGUCCAACACACCUUCCCGGGAGGAAGAUGGAAGAUCCCAGGUCACCUCCCACUCUCGCUCACCCUCCACCACAAGUGAUAUGGAGUCUCAAGAGCAGGUAGAUCAGCCACAACGAGGUGCACAAACUCCCAUGAGGUCUGGAUACAGUAGCUCUGGUCACAGCACACCUAAACCAAAAGCCCAUCAGUUCGUGGUGAAGACUUUCAAUGCGCCCACUAAAUGUAACCAGUGUACGUCUCUAAUGGUGGGAAUUAUCCGACAGGGCUGUACGUGUGAAGUCUGUAACUUCUCCUGUCACGUGACGUGUGCGGACAAAGCUCCUGCCGUGUGUCCUAUCCCACCGGAUCAAGCCAAAGGACCGCUGGGUAUCGACCCACAGAAGGGCAUCGGCACAGCUUAUGAGGGCCAUGUCAAGGUACCCAAACCAUUAGGUGUGAAGAAGGGAUGGCAGAGGGCCAUUGCUGUAGUCUGUGACUUCAAGCUCUUCUUAUAUGAUCUCCCAGAGGGCAAAGCUGCUCAGCCUGGUGUCAUAGUGAACCAGGUCAUUGAUAUGAGGGAUGAGGAAUUUUCUGUUAGCUCAGUUUUGGCAUUAGUAUCCGCAGAUCAUGAGAGGAUAGCCCUGGGCAAUGAGGAGGGGUUGUACGUUAUUCAUGUUACCAAAGAUGAGAUUAUCAAGGUAGGAGACAAUAAGAAAGUCCAUCAGAUUCAGUUGAUCCCAUCCGAACAGUUGAUCGCUGUGAUAUCGGGCCGAAACGGCCAUGUACGGCUUUACCCAAUGGCGGCCCUGGAUGACCGUGAGGCCGAUUUUCACAAGAUAGCGGAGACCAAAGGCUGCCAAACUCUGGUUUCGGGCACGAUCAGACAAGGAUCUCUCACGUACCUCUUUGUGUCCAUGAAAAAACCUGACAAGGUGAUGAUCUACGAGCUCAACAAGAGCAAAACACGCCAUCGGAAACUGCGGGAUAUCUUCGUCCCGGGAUCUGUGCAGUGGAUGGGUCUCCAGGGCGACAAGCUCUGCGUGGGCUUCCAGUCCGGGUUCCUGCACUAUGAUCUUCAGGGGGAUGGAACUACCUCUUACCUCCUCCACCCUGACGAUCACACCCUGGCCUUCAUCGAGCAGCUGAGCCUGGACGCUCUCUGCGCCGUGGAGAUCUCCAGUAAAGAGCAACUCUUGUGCUUCAGCAGUAUCGGUGUGUACGUAGACUGUCAGGGCAGACGGUCACGACAACAGGAACUGAUGUGGACGGCUACGCCCACCGCAUGUCGCUCCUCUUCUCAAAAUGGCAGUGCACUGAGACGGGACCUUUACGUUGGCAGCUACGGUUCCACCAAACGGCAGAUGACGUCACCGUCUGAUGGCUCGCUGUCAUCCGGAGGAGGCAUGGACUGCGGGGGUGAUGCUCCCCUGUCCCAAUUUGACAGAGAGUGUCCAGGAGUGUCACCCACAGAGAAGACUCCUGAUCUGAAAAGGGCUUUAAGGACACUGCUUAGUAAGCUAAAGGACUCAGACUCUCCACGUCACUCCACAGCCUCCAACAGCUCCAACCUGAGCAGCCCACCGAGCCCUUCAUCACCACACAAGAGCAAGACUCAGUCUCUGGAGCGUGGUGAGCACCUGGGCUGGGAGACAUGAGCUCUGCCCCUGCCCACUUCCUUCUGACUUCCUGUGGGGCCCCGAGAGAGUCACGCAUAUACCCAAGACCGAGAGCCGGCUCCUUAUACAUCAUAUUCCUAAACACGCCGCUGGGCCCAGGUGUGUGUGUGUGUUUGCGUGUAUUGGUGUGCAUAUGCAUUACACGUGUGAUUGUUGUACACACGCACAUUACUGUGCACCUUACAUCCCUUUUGAGUGGACCCAUCACCACUGUUCCUGUUCCUGUGUUGGAUGGGGGAACAGACCACUGAGUGUAGCUUAUCACCUACCACCACCGGUGUGGACGGGGUCGAAAAUGACAAACACAGAGCUUUAACGUGAAUUUAUCAGUGUAUGUUGACAGGUGUGCCUCAUCUAACACAAGAAAAAACAUGCAUUCAAAAGUCUUAAUGGGGGGAUGUUUCUUUAAACGCAUAACACUAAACAUCAUGAAAACAUUAAUCGAGGAUCAUGGAAAACUGUUCCUGGCAUUCCAAUCCAUGUGAUAAAACAUGAACACUUCAAUUGAGUUCAGCCCCAAUAGAUAGAGUGGCACUACUGUAUAACUCAGCCUCUACCCUCCAGUGCCAUGCUGACCUUCACAGUCAGAGGUCAGAGUUCAAAAAUUGAUUUUGAGUUCAAUAAUGUAAAUAGAAUUUAAGUAGAGUAUAAUAUAUAAUGAAAUCAACACUAUUCUGUUGUUAAAUAAGUGACUUUGCUUUGAGAGAGUCUUCUUUCCUUUUUAUUUUCCAUGUCAAGGUUCUAGUCAAUUAUGCAGAAAUGUAAAUUUAAGCAUUAUUUUGUCAAGAUAUAUGCUAGUUUUUCAUAAUUCCACUAAAAUUGUCAAGACUUGCAAGGGAACACUACAAAAAAACAUUGGACCUCAUUCAUAAAACACAAGAAUAGUUUUUGUGUAAAUUGUUCGUAAAGCCAUUCUUAUGUACAAUUUUCCAUCGAAUAUGACGUAAACAAGCUUGCAGUGAAAUUGUUCAUAAAAACAUUGUGUAAAUUGUUGCAUUAAACAUUCACAUUCAUAAAAUCGGUUUGUAUAUUCUUGAACUGAAAGCAAGGUACAUAAGGCCACAGCGAAUUGUUCAUAAAACUAUUCUUGUAAAUUGUCACAUUGCAUGCCAGAUUUACAAGCUCGCAAUAACAUUUUCUAAAACCUUUCUUGCGUAAAUUGCCGCAUUAAAUGCAAGAUUCACAAGCUUGCAAUAACAUUUUAUAAAACAAUUCUUGCAUAAAUUGUCGCAUUAAAUGCAAGAUUCACAACUCGCAAUAAAAUUUUAUAAAACCGUUCUUGCAUAAAUUGUCGCAUUAAAUAUAAGGUCUCCACAGUGAAAUUGAUCUCAAAUCAAUCAUACGUAAAUUGUCGUUUAAACAAGACUAUCAUAAAAUAGUUUGAAAUAAUUCUUGAGUAAAUUGUUGCAUGGAAUGUGAAAUUGAGAAAGCUACAGUGAAAAUAUUAUUGUGUACACUUGCAUUAAAUACGACAUUCAUGAGGGCGGCAGUCUUAAAUUUAGUGCAUCGUUGAAUGGAAUUUUAAAUCAAGCAAUAUUUAACAUUUAACAAAACUGACGCAAGAAUGUUUUCUAAGAACGAUUUACAUGAAUGCAGUUUCCUCGUGUUUCAUGAACGUUGUUGCAUAUUGUGAGUAAGAUCUAUCAUUCUGAGAAAUCAAGAUGCGUACAUCGCUAAAUCCAUAUUAAACACUCAAAACGCGUACAGUCAUGUGAUCAUAAAUAAGCUGUUGUGCUGAAUGUAACAGAGAUUCACUGCAGCCUUGUUCAUGUUACUCUUGCCUACAUCUGUGCUUCACACUUCUGUUACCAAAGCAAUAAUGCUGUUUCCAAAGAGGUUGUUUUCUUUAAAUAUUAAUGUUAAUUAUUAUUCUUUUAGUAUUUUAAUUUGUGUUUUAUAGUUUUGUUUUCCAACUCCCAAGAACCAAACUUUGCCUAAGGUGUAUACAUGUGAAUAUAACACGUAGUGUAACCUGGACCACUAGAUUCAGAGCGUUUAAUGUUUGUGCAACAUGGAGAAACACUAAACUCAUCAGGUGAAGCAUUUAAAGGGCUUCAACGCUUCAAACUCACUUGUGCAUAUAGCGGUUGCCUCUUCCUCUAACACUCAUAAUGACUCAACAGGGACCCCAAGGACCAGCAGGAGAUUAGGUCAUUUGAUAUUAAUAUAAAUGAAUCGAGGACGUACAGUAAAGCUGCUGUAGUGAUGUUUUAAACAUGCAGGGUCAGACUAUCAAACAUCCCUGAACCUCAGAAUACCUCAGAUUAGAGAGCAAAGCCAUUACGACUCCAACAGAACCUCAUCAGCGCAACAAUUGUAGCUGUCCCUCCGUCCGGUUUCAUACACUAAUUGGCAUUUAGGAAUUAUUCACAUGCACUACUGCUCGCUUUUGCGAAGCAUAUUUAUAUCAGAUUAGAUUUCUUUAAAACACAUUAUGCAGAUUCAGACUCUUGUAUAUCUAGAUGCUGUUCUGAAUUCCUAAAUAUUCCAGAUUGUUUUUAGUAAUAGCUCACUCAAAAAUCAAAAUGUACAUUUACUCACUCAUUAUGUUGUUGCAAACCUUUAUAGCUUGCUUUGUCCUAUAAAGUUAGGCUAAAAGUAGUCAGAUUAUUAUAUAUAUUAUAUUAAAUGUGUAAUGUAAUGGAUAACAUUGUUGACUCCAAUUUUUCAUAAAGUAAUUUGGAAUCAGUAAUGGACUACACUUUGCAAGUAAUCUACC